CGAAUUCACUGUUGGUUUUCUGGUUUUCUGCCAGGGACACAGUUUUUUCUACUCCCUCCGAUCCCUGGCCUUUAGUUAUUAAGUUAUUCACCCUGUGGGAACCAUGGCAAACAUUGUGUCCUGGGUAUCUGACAAGCUACAUGACAUUCUUGGCCUGUCUGACAGGUACACAGCAGAGUUUCUGGUCGAGCUUGCUAGAAAAUCCAACACUGGAGCCAGCUUUAUUCAAAAACUGAAAGAUACUGGUGCAGUGGAAGUGAAUCAACCAGUAGAAAGUUUUGCUAAUGAGCUCUGGAAUAAGUUGCCACGUAGACAGCCAAUGGAGAAACCAGCCAGAGCUCUAGAGAGGCAAGCGAUACUCCAACAAGAAAGGAAUAAAACCUACAAGCUGCUCAGCGAUUCUGAGGACGAUGAGCCCGUAUUCAAGCAGAAAUCUUCUGGUAAGAGGAAGACUGAAAAAAGUGACAGGAGUCGUAAGAAUCUGAGACAGCAGACUGGGUGGGAUAGCGAACAUGAGGAGGAAGAACAACCCUCUGCAUCCAAGCGAGGCAAGAUUGACUCAGACUCAGACGAGUGGGAACAAGCUGAGAAGGAGCGUAUUGUUGACCUGGCAGAGAGAGAUGCCCUGGCCGAAAGACUCAAGGUUAAGGACCAAGAGAAAACAAGAAAGAUUGUGGAAAAGUCCAACAAAAAGGCCACGGACGAAGCGAGAAAACGACUUCAAAUGGAUGAACAAGAUCGAAAGAAAAUGAUCCCCAAAUUGAGGGAGGAAUCUCGUUGGGAAUACCUGGGGAAGAGACGACAUGAUAAACUUGAUGAGCUCAGAGAUGACAUUGAUGAUGAACAAUACCUCUACUCUGAAACAAAGGUGACCGAGAGAGAACAAAAGGACUUGGAAUAUAAACAAUCCAUCUACAAACUAGCCAAAGAACAUGAAAAGGCAGCGGAUGAUGAAAAGAUCCAACGAUACACUAUUCCGGAAGAAAAUAUUAAACCAUCAACACGAUACACAGAGCCCAAAGACGAGCAGGAACUUGGUCCCAAUGCUGAUGUAAAGAAGUGGGAAGAAGAACAGAUUGGAAUUGGUAUAUUUAAGUCUGGAGCGAAGGAUGCUAAGGAGAAGAGCAAACAAAAAGAAUAUGAUCUGAUAUUAGAUGAUGAAGUGACGUUUGUAAUGGCAGAGACUGUAUCAGGUGACAUGGAUGAUAAGCCUCAGGGACCAAGUGAAGAAGAGAAGAGAAGAAUGAGCAUGAAAGAGACGAGGGAGAGUCUUCCAAUAUAUGCUUACAGAGAGCAACUGCUGGAUGCUGUCAGAGACCACCAGAUACUUAUCAUAGAAGGGGAGACAGGUUCUGGAAAAACCACUCAAAUACCGCAGUUUCUCUACGAAGCAGGUUACUGCAAGGAAGGCAAGAUGGUCGGGUGCACUCAGCCUCGGCGAGUGGCGGCCAUGAGUGUAGCUGCCAGAGUGGCCCAGGAGAUGGCUGUUAAACUCGGCAAUGAGGUGGGCUAUAGCAUUCGAUUUGAGGACUGCACAUCAGAGCGCACUGUUCUCAAAUAUAUGACUGAUGGGAUGUUGCUUAGAGAGUUCCUUGGAGAACCUGAUCUCGAGUCCUACAGUGUGAUGAUAGUGGAUGAGGCCCACGAGAGGACUUUGCACACUGACGUACUGUUUGGUCUAGUCAAGGACAUAGCCAGGUUUCGACCUGACCUUAAGCUGCUCAUCUCCAGUGCAACUCUCGACUCGGACAAAUUUUCUCGGUUCUUUGAUGAUGCUCCAAUUUUCAGAAUUCCAGGGAGGAGGUACCCAGUGGAGAUUUACUACACAAAGGCUCCUGAGGCCGACCCACUGGAGGCUGCUGUAGUAUCUGUGUUGCAGAUACACAUUACACAGCCUAGAGGAGACAUACUGGUGUUUCUAACUGGUCAAGAGGAAAUUGAAGGAGCCAAUGAAAUGUUGAAGGAGAGAACGUCCAAGCUUGGUUCCAAGAUAGCUGAGCUGCUUAUUUUGCCCAUCUAUGCCAACCUUCCAUCUGAUAUGCAGGCCAAGAUAUUUGAGCCCACUCCACCCGGUGCUAGGAAGGUGGUACUAGCCACCAACAUUGCUGAGACGUCUCUGACAAUCGACGGUAUCAUAUACAUCAUUGACCCAGGCUUCUGUAAGCAGAAUUGUUACAACCCAAGAACGGGCAUGGAGUCCCUUGUCAUCGUACCUUGCUCUAAAGCGUCCUCCCAACAGCGUGCUGGUAGGGCUGGGAGAGUGGCUGCUGGCAAGUGCUUCCGACUCUUCACGGCAUGGGCCUUCCACAAUGAAAUGGAAGAGUCAACCAUACCUGAGAUCCAACGCACUAACCUGGGCAAUGUGGUUCUCAUGCUCAAGAGUCUGGGCAUCAAUGACUUGGUUCACUUCGACUUUAUGGACCCACCUCCUCCAGAGACGCUCAUCCUUGCCUUGGAGCAACUGUACGCCCUAGGGGCACUCAACCAUAUGGGAGAGCUCACAAAGCUCGGUCGGAGAAUGGCUGAGUUUCCUGUUGGUCCUAUGCUGUCAAAGAUGCUACUGGCUGCAGAAAAUUAUAGCUGCACUGAAGAAAUACUCACUAUUACAGCCAUGCUCUCGGUCAACAAUUCCAUUUUCUACAGACCUAAGGAUCGGAUAGUAUAUGCUGACAAUGCCCGAGCAAACUUCUUCAGACCUGGAGGAGACCACCUCACCUUGCUCAAUGUGUACACUGAGUGGGUUGAGACAGACUUUUCGAUGCAGUGGUGUUUCGACAACUUCAUUCAGUAUAGGUCUAUGAAGAGAGCCCGGGAUGUGCGGGAUCAGCUAGAGGGACUCAUGGAGAGGGUCGAGGUGGAUAUCACCUCUAAUCCUGACACAGUCGCUAUUAGAAAAGCAAUUACUGCUGGUUUCUUCUACCACACUGCUCACUUGUCUAAAGGGGGAGUUUACAAAACAGUGAAACAUCAACAGACUGUCCACAUUCACCCCAACAGUAGUCUAUUCCAGGAGCUACCAAAGUGGGUGGUCUAUUAUGAGCUGGUAUUUACUACGAAAGAGUAUACGAGGCAGAUCAUUGAAAUAGAAAACCAGUGGCUCCAUGAGGUAGCCCCUCAUUAUUACAAAGCCAAAGAACUUGAAGAUUCAUCUAAUCGGAAGAUGCCUAAGAAAGUUGGAGCCACAAGAGAACAAACCCGAGUUACAAACUGAAUUUUGUUUUCUAUUUGAAGUUGCUAUGAUUGCAUUUUCUAACUGUAACAUAA